AUGUAUUUGCUUCUACAACUAAUCCUUACGGUUCUAGUCUCCAUCUCUCAAGAACAUAACACAAUAGCUAAGUAUGUGCCGCCGUACACUUCCAUAGUUGUUCCCAUUACGAAACAUACUGAUGCUGCAAAGCCGCUCUACAGCGUUAAGAUCAUGACAUCAUACAUAAAUAUGCAAUACAUGCACGCAAACUUCCUAAUAGACAUCGAUGCUCCUUUCAUAUGGCACGACUGCAUCCUGCAAUGGAACAUGUAUCCCGGAAGUUGCCCUAGCAACACGCUUUGUACCUAUCCUGUUUCUUGUGAAGAAUAUCAAUGCACCGACACACGAACUACUUACUCAUACAAAAAUCCAUCUUGCCCACCAGUAACCAACAGCUCGACCUUACCUGGUUGGGGAUAUUGUACGUGUCCAGUCAACGUUGUGAACCCGAUUACAAAAUCUUGUGGUCAGGCCCUUCUUAACUAUGACGAUUUCACAGUGAACACAAGCGACGGUAAAAAUGUUUUCACUGGAUUAUAUGGUGCUAACCCUAACGCGGCGUGUGCUCCUUCUUCCUCGUUUGAAUCAUUCCCUUCAGGUGUUACUGGUGUUAUGGCGUUUUCAUCCUCACCUUAUGCCUUACCGGCUUAUUUAUAUCAACCACUUAAAAGAUCAUUAGCUCUAUGUUUUCCUAGCACCUCUUCCACUCCGGGAGUUCUGUUCUUCGGCUCGGGCCCAUAUUACCUUCUUCCCCAAUCAGAUGUUGAUAUAAAGAGUCUACUUUCUUAUACACCAUUGCUAAAGCAUCCAGAUUCUUUUGGAUACUUUAUAGGUGUCACUUCCAUCGUAAUUGGACGGAGAUCUAUUGACCUACCUCCAAAUAUUACCACCAAGCUUAGUACAAUUGAGCCUUACGCCACUCUUAGAUCCGAUAUUUAUAAUCGAAUGGUUAGGAUAUUUUUGAUCUAUACGAUAGGACUCCCUCAUGCAAGGCCAGUUGCACCGUUCGGGCUAUGUUUCAGGACCUUCACUCGAAUUAUUUUAAGGGUUCCUGAUAUUAAUUUGGUCCUCUCUAGUGGCAAUAAGUGGACUAUAUCCAAAGCUAACUCCAUGAAACAAGUAACAAAAGACACCGCAUGCCUAGCGUUUAUCGACGGUGGUGUGACAACUGAACAUGCAAUCGUGAUCGGGACGCUUCAAUUUGAGGAUAAUUUUCUGGAGUUUGAUUUGGAGAAUAUGAGCUUUGGGUUUAGUUCUUCGUUGUUACGUAGGCAGACUAGUUGUGCAAACUUCAACUUUACACUCACCAAUAGCACUUGA